GUAAUCUUGACUGGUUCCAUCAUGUGUUGUUAAUAAAUGGUUCAGCGUGUUGUUAAUAACUAGUGUUCCCUCACUCACUCUCUCCAGGCAGGAUUCAACGUUCCAAGUCUAACCUCCGAAUUCAUCUCUACAUCUCUGAAACUCUGGAUCUGGUUUUCUAAAAUCCUUUAGCUAUCUCCACGUAACAGAUAAACUAUCAUUCUCAUCCUAAAUUAAAACUCUAAUCUAAUUCAUUAACAGGAUUUUGGUGAGUUACUCCUGCUCUCUCUCCUCAGUUUAAAGUUCGAGGAGAAGCAAACCCCCUUUUUAUAUUCCCUAGAAUUCAUUUCUACUUCCUUAUGCUGCAAAACAGAACUGCAACUUUGAUGAUCAGGGUCUUUCCUUUGAAGUAGUUUAUGCUUGGGUUCUUGGAAUUGAAUCUGAAAUCAUAAUCUUUAUCUGUUAAAUCUGUCCAAUUGCCUAUUUGGGUAUGGUUCAUUUGCAUAAAUCUCGAUGCUUUUCUGCUGGAUUUGAAUUAUCAUGAAUAAAUAUCCAUUUGGGUCAAACAAUCCUAAGUCCUUCCAUGCAUAUCCAAGGGGUGACUUUGUUAUAGAAUCAGGAACUAUCAAAAGAACCAGAAGUAGAAAAUCAUCAAUUUACCCUGUUAGAAUGGUUAAGUCCUGGGCUAAUCGGCUUCAUUACUAUUACAAGCUACAUCCACUCUUUGUUUUCUCUAUUUCCUUGGCAUUCGGGGUCACGAUCCUCAUAGUUUUAUCUCUAUAUGAGCAACACUAUAAGGUGCUGAAUAAUUGUAUGGAACUUGAUGAUGGCUUUGGCAGUUAUUAUCCCUUUACUAAGCUUAAGAAUCUUGUAAUGGUUGCUGGGCAUUCGGUUUAUACAAGCAGUAGUUGUGAAAAAGCUGACAAGGAGGAUUCUUGGUUUUUGGAGUCUUAUCAGAAGAAUCCAGGCCAGGCUGCCACUUUUUUGGCUCACAUAAAAGAAGGGAUAGAAAGCACUGCACUAGAUGAUGAGGCUUUGCUUCUUUUUAGCGGUGGAGAGACUCUGAAAGAUGCUGGUCCUCGUAGUGAGGCGCAGAGUUAUUGGACAGUUGCUGACUCCAAGGGAUGGUUUGGGAAGGAAGACAAUGUAAAGUGGAGGGCAUUAACUGAGGAGCAUGCAAGAGAUAGCUUUGAGAAUCUUCUCUUUAGUGUUUGUCGGUUUCGAGAGCUUUCUGGGACAUACCCACACAACAUAACUCUUGAAAUCUGGCAAAAGCUCCGACGGUCGACCGCUACACGAGCCACCACACGCGCCAUCGUACGCGCCCGUCAGAGAGUCUAAAAUCUUCCGUUUUCUAAGCGCGUCAAAGGUGAGCACGGGAAUCACAGCGGUGAUGAAGGCUUAAUGAUGGCAGCGACGGACCAGGCAUUGACUGCACACUGGUGCUUGCGGCGCAAGAUCUUCUGACGUUUGGUAUGGCUUGGGAGCUACGGCGCAAAACAUAGCUAGGGUUUCCCAAAGCUGAAGAUAGGUUGGGCCAAUUGGGCCAAUUGGGCCAAUUAAGUCUUGGGUUACUAGACUAGCUUAGGGUAUCAGAGGUAUUGGGUAUUUGAUUGUAAAUGGGCUACUGGGUUAAGCGGGUUAUUGGGUUAGUGUUUAGCUGGCUUAUGGGUGUAAUGGGUUAUUAGGCAUUUAAUUUUGGGCCUACGGGUUAGUGGGCUAUGGUAUUUGGGUUCUGUAAAAGGACUUAAAUGGACUGUUUAAUUUUAUUUUUUCGUUUAA